CUCGCGCGCCACGCUCAUGCCCGACACAAGCUUCGCCCAGACCCGCAACUGAAGGUCGCACUGGCCACCGACGUCGCGUCUCACAUCUCGCUGAGCCGCUGCCGACGUUGAGCUCCAACUGCACGCCACCAUCUCGCCGAGCAGCGGCAGGGUCCGCUUUCGCUGCUCGCCUACCGCUCGUGCUGAUCCAGGCGCUGUAGACGACGAAGACGGACCCAUGCAAUGGCAUCCAACAUGACUUCCUGUGGGACGGGCUGCCGCUGUCACAAUUAAAACAAAUGUCCGUAGACGUAAUCACAUUCGUUGCCCGGCAGGGUCCCGGACGCGCAGUGCUUCUCAAGAUAUUCGAAACCGCGCAACACCGAGUUGAAGAUAGCCUGGAAAUCCUGCCGAGUUGCGAGAUGACCUCUCAUACGCAGCGAUGCUCAAGUCGUAACUGUCUUCGUCCGGCUCCAUGUUGCUCUGCCGCAUCUCAUUGAGCAGCGACACAGCCUGCCGCCACUGGCCGCAUCUACCACACGCGCAGAUCCCAGCGUUGUAGCUGAUGGCAUUCGGCUGCAACCCAGACUCACGCAUCUCGCUGAGCAGAGACAUGGCCCACUGCCAUUGCUCGCCCUUCUCGCACGCGCUGAUCACAGCGCUGCAGAUGGAUGACGUCGGGCUUCACCUUCGAAGCCGACAUCUCGCGGAGCAGCGCCAGGGCAGAUUUCCACUGCCCGCCCUUCUCGCACGCGCUGGCCCCGGCGCUGUAGAUACAACGUCAGGCUCCAGCCUCGCCUCCCGCAUCGCGCCGAGCAGCGCCAGUGCCCACAGCCACUGCCCGCCCUUCUCGCACGCGCUGAUCCCAGCGCUGUAGCUAGAUGACGUUGGGCUCCACCGUCGCCUGCCACAUCUCGCUGAGCAGUGCCAAAGCCCACCGCCACUGCUUGCCUUUACCGCAUGCGCCGACGGCUGCAAGGUAGUAGCUUGGCCUGACCUCCGAACGUGCUCGGGUCGCGUCGCGAAAGAACUGCAGCGCCGCGCCCCAGGCCGCAGUCCUCCCGCAAUCCCUUAUGACCGCCAGGAGGGAGAAGGCGCCUUGCUUUGAUCCUUGCUGGAUAUCUAGCAUCCGUGUAAUCUAAUGCAGAAUCGAGCCACAAUGGCUUGAUCUCAAAUUGCGUGCU